CUUGGUUUGGGCUUCUUCGGGGUCCUGUCUGCCCAUUCUGUACCCUACCUCGUGUCCUGGACAGAUAAAGUUGGUAGCAGUGGUCCAUCCCAAACACAUGCUUGUGGGCAGUGGGAAGACGAAUUAUGAGAAACAGCCCACAGUCCCAGGAGCAUAAUCCUGGGGAUGCAGGACGUGUUGCCUGCUAUGGAAACCAAGAGACCUCAUAACUAUUCCUCACAUCCCACGAACAACUCGAAGCCUUUGCAUUCACCAUUCAAGAGUGGCCACUGGAGAGCAACUGUGACUUACCUGUUGAAACAAUCAGAAGGUGGCACAGAGCAGGCUGCCCUGCUUAGCACAGAAGCAAAGCCUUGAGCUUUGAGGUGAGGCCAUUCCAAGUCUGCAUCCCGAAUCUGUCACUACCAACUAGCCAUGUGAGCAGAUGUCACAUGACUUGCAUGAACCUCAGUUGCCUGAUCUGUAAAAUUCAGUCAAUCAGUUCCUUGCAGGGUUACGGGGUGAGGACUGAAUGAGGUCAUGAAUUCCCCUGGGGUGGGGUUAUUACCUAGAAAGUGCUAGCCAGGGGCUGCUGUUAUCGCUGUCGUUAUUAUUACUAGUGCUAUGUGAGCAGGAAUGCGUAGGUUGCUGGGCUAGGAAAGUUGGAGGAAACUUGCUGAAAGAUGGGGAAUUUCGACUGGGACUCAGCAAGCUGGACUUCUCGUAGAUGACAGGAAGAUUGGCACAAAUACUUGUCGGAAUUUUUUUUUUUUCAGUCCCUGAUUUCUAAGUACAGCUGCCACAGAAGAGGAAAGAAUUGCAUCAGUAAAUAGGAAAAGUGUUUGCCAUGAUGUUAUGGGAAAAAAAAGAAACUGUCCAGGCUCUCGCCAGCUGCAGAUGACUCAAGAGUUGGUAACAUCCUCUAUAAAAGGAUACGAGCCCCAUCUUCUGCGAAGUCACUUCUGUUGACUAAAACUCAACACCUAUUUGGGAUUGGCAGUGCAGAAGGGUUUGCAUACCAAAUGAUUUAGUCCCUGACUCCUGCCUGGCCCUCAGGAAUUACCUUUCCAACUGACAUACCAGCUAGAAAUAGAACGCAAGGAGGAUUCCUGAGCCCUUGCACAGCUUCACGAUGGAGAGAUCAGCCUCAAAGUGGAGCACAGAAAUGGUCUCCCAGAAGAUUCCCUUCGCACUCCCAGACAGCCUCUCUGUGGUGCAAGAACCUUCCUAACGCAGGUAAUUUUCUGAUGUGACAGCUGAGACAUGAGAUCUUCAGCCUCCAGGCUCUCCAGUUUUUCGUCGAGAGAUUCACUAUGGAAUCGGAUGCCGGACCAGAUCUCCGUGUCCGAGUUCAUCGCCGAGACCACCGAGGACUACAACUCGCCCACCACGUCCAGCUUCACCACGCGCCUGCACAACUGCAGGAACACCGUCACGCUGCUGGAGGAGGCUCUAGACCAAGAUAGAACAGCCUUACAAAAAGUGAAGAAGUCUGUCAAAGCAAUAUAUAAUUCCGGUCAAGAUCAUGUGCAGAAUGAAGAAAACUAUGCACAAGUGCUUGAUAAAUUCGGAAGUAAUUUUUUAAGUCGAGACAACCCAGAUCUUGGGACCGCUUUUGUGAAGUUCUCUACUCUUACCAAGGAACUGUCCACACUGCUGAAAAAUCUGCUCCAGGGUCUGAGCCACAAUGUGAUCUUCACCUUGGAUUCCUUGUUGAAAGGAGACCUAAAAGGAGUCAAAGGAGAUCUCAAGAAGCCAUUUGACAAAGCUUGGAAAGAUUAUGAGACAAAGUUUACAAAAAUUGAGAAGGAGAAAAGAGAGCAUGCAAAACAGCACGGGAUGAUUCGCACCGAGAUCACCGGGGCUGAGAUCGCAGAAGAAAUGGAGAAGGAGCGACGCCUCUUUCAGCUCCAAAUGUGCGAAUAUCUCAUUAAAGUUAAUGAAAUCAAGACCAAAAAGGGUGUGGAUCUGCUGCAAAAUCUUAUCAAGUAUUACCACGCACAGUGCAAUUUCUUUCAAGAUGGCUUGAAAACAGCUGAUAAACUGAAACAGUACAUUGAAAAACUAGCUGCUGAUUUAUAUAAUAUAAAACAGACCCAGGAUGAAGAAAAGAAACAGCUUACUGCUCUCCGAGAUUUAAUAAAAUCCUCUCUUCAACUUGACCAGAAAGAAGUAGGUGAUCUCGGUGUUUCCAGCAGGGCUAAGAGUGAUUCCCAGAGCCGGCAGGGAGGAUACAGCAUGCAUCAGCUCCAGGGGAACAAGGAAUAUGGCAGUGAGAAGAAGGGGUACCUGCUGAAGAAAAGUGACGGGCUCCGGAAGGUGUGGCAGAGAAGGAAGUGUGCUGUCAAGAAUGGCAUCCUCACCAUCUCACACGCCACGUCCAACAGGCAACCCGCUAAGCUGAACCUUCUCACCUGCCAGGUGAAACCAAAUGCUGAGGACAAGAAGUCUUUCGACCUGAUCUCACAUAAUAGGACGUAUCACUUUCAGGCAGAAGAUGAGCAGGAUUAUGUAGCGUGGAUAUCCGUACUGACGAAUAGCAAAGAAGAGGCCUUAACCAUGGCCUUCCGCGGAGAGCAGAGCACGGGGGAGAACAGUUUGGAAGAUCUGACAAAAGCCAUUAUUGAGGAUGUCCAGCGGCUCCCUGGGAAUGACGUCUGCUGUGAUUGUGGCUCAUCAGAACCCACCUGGCUUUCAACCAACUUGGGUAUUUUGACCUGUAUAGAAUGUUCCGGCAUCCAUAGAGAAAUGGGGGUUCAUGUUUCUCGCAUUCAGUCUUUGGAACUAGACAAAUUAGGAACUUCUGAACUCUUGCUGGCCAAGAAUGUAGGAAACAAUAGUUUUAAUGAUAUUAUGGAAGCAAAUUUACCCAGCCCCUCACCAAAACCCACCCCUUCAAGUGAUAUGACCAUACGGAAAGAAUAUAUCACCGCAAAGUAUGUAGACCAUAGGUUUUCAAGAAAGACCUGUUCGUCUUCAUCCGCUAAACUAAAUGAAUUGCUUGAGGCGAUCAAAUCCAGGGAUUUACUUGCACUAAUUCAAGUCUAUGCAGAGGGGGUAGAGCUAAUGGAACCCCUGCUGGACCCCGGACAGGAGCUCGGGGAGACAGCCCUUCAUCUUGCAGUCCGAACUGCAGACCACACAUCUCUCCAUUUGGUUGACUUCCUUGUACAAAACUGUGGAAACCUGGAUAAGCAGACAGCCCUGGGGAAUACAGUUUUGCACUACUGUAGUAUGUUUGGGAAGCCUGAGUGUCUGAAGCUGCUUCUCAGGAGCAAGCCCACUGUGGAUGUGGUUAACCAGGCUGGAGAGACUGCCCUGGACAUAGCCAAGAGACUCAAAGCUACCCAGUGUGAAGACCUGCUUUCCCAGGCUAAAUCUGGAAAGUUCAAUCCACAUGUUCAUGUAGAAUACGAGUGGAAUCUUCGACAGGAGGAAAUGGAUGAAAGCGAUGAUGAUCUGGAUGACAAACCAAGCCCGAUCAAGAAAGAGCGCUCACCAAGACCACAGAGCUUCUGCCACUCCUCCAGCAUCUCCCCCCAGGACAAGCUGUCACUGCCGGGGUUCGGCUCUUCACGGGACAAGCAGCGGCUCUCCUACAGCGCCUUCACCAACCAGAUCUUUGCCUCCACAAGCACAGACUCGCCCACAUCACCAACCUCAGAGGCCCCUCCUCUGCCUCCCAGAAACGCCGGGAAAGGUCCAACUGGCCCACCUUCAACACUCCCUCUAAGCACCCAGACCUCUAGUGGCAGCUCCACCCUGUCCAAGAAGAGGCCUCCUCCCCCACCACCCGGACACAAGAGAACCCUGUCCGACCCUCCCAGCCCACUACCUCACGGGCCCCCAAACAAAGGCGCAGUUCCUUGGGGUAACGAUGUGGGUCCAUCAUCUGCAAGUAAGACAGCAAACAAGUUUGAGGGACUGUCUCAGCAAUCAAGCACCAGUUCUGCAAAGACUGCCCUUGGCCCGAGAGUCCUUCCUAAACUACCUCAGAAAGUGGCACUAAGGAAAACAGAAACCAGCCAUCAUCUCUCCAUAGACAAAGCCAAUGUCCCACCUGAAAUCUUUCAGAAAUCGUCACAGUUGGCCGAGUUACCACAAAAGCCACCCCCUGGAGACCUGCCCCCGAAGCCCACAGAACUGGCUCCCAAACCCCAAAUUGGAGAUUUGCCACCUAAGCCGGGAGAACUGCCCCCCAAACCACAGCUGGGCGACCUGCCACCCAAACCCCAGCUCUCAGACUUACCUCCCAAGCCACAGAUGAAGGACCUGCCUCCCAAACCGCAGCUGGGAGACCUGCUGGCGAAGGCCCAGCCAGGUGACGUCUCGCCCAAGGCUCAGCUGCCCUCAGACGUCCCUCAGAAGUCACACCUGGCGGACCUGUCCCCAGGCAUGCAGUCCCGAGAUGCCGUCCAGAAGCAAGCCUCAGAGGAUGCCAACGACCUCACACCCACUCUGCCGGAGACGCCCGUGCCACUGCCCAGGAAAAUCAACACGGGGAAAAAUAAAGUGAGGCGAGUGAAGACCAUCUAUGACUGCCAGGCCGACAACGAUGACGAGCUGACCUUCAUCGAGGGGGAAGUGAUCGUGGUCACGGGGGAGGAGGACCAGGAGUGGUGGAUCGGGCACAUCGAAGGACACCCUGAAAGGAAAGGGGUCUUCCCGGUGUCCUUCGUCCACAUCCUGUCCGACUAGCAAGCUCGGGCCUGACGAUCGUCCACACACACCCUUCGUGCGAGACUGCUGCCUCCGCGUGACCCGUGCACACCGUGUAUAUAGCUGCUGUUAUGGAGGGAGAAACUCCCGGAAGGGCACCUCAGGAGGGGACGUAGUAUUGCUGUAAAUAUCCUGUGGUCUUCUGCCUUCGCCAGUAUUAGGGCCGCCCGGGGGCCCGGCGCACCUGGCUGGUUUGCCAAAGCCAUCCCUGGCGGCUAGCACUCCCAUCUCUAGCCACGCUGUUUUCCAAGCAAACAAACAAACAGGAAUAUAGGAACUGCUGGCUUUGCAAGUAGAAAUGGUCUCCAGCAUCCUUGAAAGGCAUAACAUCGACUCUCUGUUCCUAACAAUACAGUAUUCUCAAUUGUGUUACUGAAACGCACCAUUAGCAAAGAGGCGGGUUCUGUGUGGCAGGUGAAACUUUAGCUCCACGACAGACCAGCCUGUAGUGACCUGUGCACACGGUUUACAGCUACAAAAACCUACCCUCGUAUAUUUAUUACAGAAAAGUGCUCAGUUAAAUGUGUUAUUCCUUCAGCAAAAUAGUCUUUGACCCAGAACCUUUGGGGGCAUCUUUCAUGCCCACAGCCUCGGCAAGUUAGACAAGUGGGUUUAGACUGAUGAUGACUAGUGCCCGCCCCUGAGAUAUUAUUACCUCAUUCUGCAGAAGUAACAUAUCCUUCAUGACUAUUUUGACAAACGUUUAAAACACAUCUGAUGAAGUUCAACUUUCAGGAACCAAGGACUGCCAGAAAAUAGUAGCCGCUCCAUUAUGCAUGCAUUUAGAAGCUUACCUGAAAUCUGCCUUUUAUAAAGGAAUAGUAUGGAUAAGGGGAACUGUACGUUUUUUAAACUCGAUCGCCAUUAAAGCAGAAAUUAUAAGGUUGCAACAAUAUUGGUUUCUAGUCAGUCAUUUGGCUUUCUCCAGAGUAUGAACUUACAUAUAUUAUGAAUUGCAUCCUUCACAAGUUUUAAAGCAUCGAAUGCGUCCAUUUAAAAUUGUCCUCAGAGUUGUGUUGUUGGAUAAAUUUACGCUUUCGAAAGAUGAUUCAAGAAGAUGACGAAUGUACACAUCAUUUCCCCACUGUAGAAUCCAGGUGCUGAAACCCACCUUUCAUUUUCCCCACGCUCUUCAUUAACCCCAGUGGUAGAGAAGCGGGCCGGCCGGAAGCACCAUUCAGCAGAGACGUGACCUUCGAGCCGGUUCACGAGCGCGUGUUAGAGCGCGUCUGGGGGCCGCGCUGGGGAGAGCCCUGCCGGCAGUGAGCCUCUCCCCCGGGCUUUGCUUCCACCCGGCGCGGGUCAGACCCCUGAGAGCAUCCUGGGUGCUUCGGCCUCUGACAUCGGUCUGCAUGUCACUCCACAGCCGGGGGGGCUGUUCUCUGACUUGAGGCUCAUCCUCGUGCUGGCAUUUACAUUCGCUUCAACUGCUCUGUUGGCAGCAGCACAGAAACUCAUAUUUUUAAGCAGAUCAUCUUGGCAAUGAGGGAGAAAUGUUCAUUUCACAGAAGCACAACUCCCCACCAAACCCUUAGGAAAAGCCCUCCACCAGUCGCAGCGCUCGGUGAAAACCCGUUCAGUUCUGCUUAAGCGGUGAUGAUGAAAACGUGGACUAGCCACCUGAGAAGUACACCUUGCAUGACAAACCCACACCAUAUCUUACCAGCUGUUAUUGGAAAGUGAUUUGAAGCAAUUGUUUCCUCGGUGUGACGGCCCACGUGAGUCCCCCCAGCUCCAGCCGCCUCUGUGGGCUCACUGUGCCCGCGGCCGCAGUGCCGGAGACACACAGGUGACAGGACAGGACGUGUCCCCGGGGCCCAUGCACACACUUUGCGUUGCAUUGAAGAACUAUUCAUUUGUGUGGCCUACAGUAUUUUCAACUAGUCUCAAAAUAAACUGGCUUUGAAAAACAAAAUGACAAAUUAGAUGUCUAAAAUUACAUGGCGUCGAUGUCUAUUCUUUUUCCCCUUUAGCAGCCACUUACACAAACGCAUUUUUAAUUUUUUUUUUUUUUUCCUGCUUUGGUUUUGUUUCCCAUCAGGAACUUGAGUUCGUUCUGGUCCAGCUUGCUAUGGGACUUAGGAAAACUAGGUAUAAAUACCUUUGGUGAUCUUGGUUGAGUUUAAAUCUGAUAUUGUUCUUAACCUCAGUGAGCCACUAUCUGCAAUUUUGUACAUGAUAUAGUAUUUUGAAGGUAUGGAAUCUUAUAAAAAAAAAAAUAGCUAAUUCUUUUUUCCCCAGAGGGAAAAGUUAUGUUCUGCAAAUAGCGUAUGUCUUAUUUUCCUGUUGAACAGCAAUUGCUAUUUAUUUUUUUAUCGCCUAGAACUUGAGCGUGCUGUGUAGGAAGCCCGUAGUGCCACUAGUUCACUGCAAAUUCUCAUCUGGAUGUUACUCAAACACCGAUACGCUUGUCCUUUCACAUGUGUUUAAUGUGACAGUCUUUCAGUACUGUGUGUGUUCAUUUCUACUUUUUUUAAUAUUUAAAAUUGCUUUUAAAUAAACAUAUUCUCAGUUGAUCCCAAACAUCUGAAAUCAGGCCAUUUUGUGA